AUGUCCUUUCGGAAGAGAAAUGAACCUCUUACAGGAAACACGCUUACUCCAACCCCGAGAGCCCCAAGUUUGCGUACUCCUGUUAAUGGUAGAGUGCCAAUAGCUCCAAGAAACCCAUUGGCUACUAAUGUCGGUCGUGGUCCAUCGCCAAGUGUUAACAGGGAAAAAACUCCCGAGGCUGACUCUCUUGCAGCCAAUCCAGCAAUUAGACCUUCCACUGUUACUUCCCAGCCAACUGUUUCUACUGGCUGCGCAGAUUUGGACAAGAUUAUGAUGCACCUGGGACUUCCGCUUGGAACGUCACUUCUCAUUGAAGAGACAGGGACCACCGACUUUGCGUCGGUUCUACUUCGUAACUUCGCUGCUCAAGGUGUCAUGCAUAACCGAAUCGAAAAGAAUGCUCUUCAUUGCCACGUCGUGGUGAUUGGUGCACCCUCAGCUUGGGCUAAAGACUUACCAGGAGAAUACAAGGGAAGCAGCAAAGACCAGAAGAAAAACAAGAUUGCCCAAGAUUCUAGCAAGAUUAGUGUAUCCAAUAUGGCGGAGAAAGACUUGAAAAUCGCCUGGCGAUAUGGAGUCAAUGGCGAUAAAACAAAAGAGGCUGACCAGCCAUCCAGUUCAGUGAAUGAACACUAUUUCACCCAGUUUGAUAUUACUCAACGUCUUGUUCCUGGUCCGAGUGCUCAGGAAAUGUCAUUUGUUCCAAUUGGAACCUCAUAUGCUACUACAAUUGCUCAGAUCACCCAGCUCGUGGAGAAACACUCCAAGCAAAACCAGGUGGUGAGAAUUGUAUUGGCGGGCUUCCUCAACCCUUCGCUAUAUGCGCCACAGUGCUCGUCGCCAACGUAUAUCAUACCUUUCUUUGUCUCCUUACGAGCACUUUUAGCUAAGUACUCUAAUGUUGUGCUAGUGGCAUCACUCCCGCUAGAUUUGUAUCCAAGAGAGAGUCUCCUCACCCAUGCAUUCGAGGGUUUCGUGGAUGGUGUUAUCCACUUGCAACCAUUUAAUCCUGAUAUGGCCGCCUUGGUGGAGAGAGCGUACAAGAACGAGCCAUCGAAGAUUCAGCAAGGAUUGGUGAAUAUCAUCAAGGUCCCUGUAUUAUCUGAACGAGGUCUCAUGAUGGUUCGAAACGGCGAAUAUGCGUUCCGUAACGGCAGAAGAAAGUUUGAAAUCGAGGAAUGGGGAAUUCCGGUUGAGGAGUCUGAAGAGCCCGAACAGACUACCAAGAACAUAGAUUUCUAG